AUGUUUUCAGCCACCAUCUUAUCUCUCCUGUUCUGUACCCAGUUCGUGUUAUGUGAUGAAACCCAGGGAACUCAAUGGGACAACUUAAUGAAUAAAAAAUUCGGCGAUGGUCAAGUACCGCAACAUUGGAACUGGAAGCCGACAUUUGGAGGGAAAGGAAGCGAGAAUCAGUUGGUACAGACUCUAGUUUUACACCCUGAUGACGGACGUGAAGCGACCCCUACCGUCCUGGCUAUAAAUUCUGUCAUCAACACAGAAGAUGAGGACAAAUCCCGAGGGGACAUGUUACGGCAUGCUCUCUUCGAUCUCGCAACACUUCCAGUUUCUAAACCAGAUAUACCUCUACUAGACAGUCCACAUAUUGAAAUUCCCCUGCUCGACUUACAGAAUUUAAUAGUUGAUCAGAACGACGGUGGGUCGAAACAAUCUGUGAGCGACGAUAAAAAGACGCAACAACCAACCGAGGAUAUCAAAACGGAACAAACUGCCAGCGACGACAGUCAAACAAAACAAUCUUCAAGUGACGAAACGGUGGAAAAGCAAACGAUCGUCGUACCAACUAUAUAUCAACCACAGACUGCGGUACCGGAGGUUCUAAGGUCUUUGGCGGCCAUUCCUACGAUACAACAAUUAAAAACGGUGGAGCCUAUCACGCAACAGCCAAUAACCGAGGAACCUACGACGCAACAGCCACCUCAACCUAUAACUGAAUACCUUAUCUCUAAAGCAGCUCGAAACACUUUAGGAAGCAAGCCGUACCGUCUUCUUCCGGAUUCAGACGUGGUCGUAGCAAACGAAGCAAACGGACAGCCAAGCGUUAUGGUAGCUGUCGGAAACAUUCCAACCAUUCAGUUACCAGGCUCUGGAAUCAUUAUUGCUAGACCGGACUCUUGGACACCUACGACAACUACCGUAGCUCCUACAACGACGACUACAGUUGCACCUACGACAACUACAUCACAACCUGCACCUACGACUACGGUUGCACUCACAACAACGACGGUUGCGCCUACUACUACAACAACUACAGUUGCGCCUAUAACUACGACAACUAAGGCAGCAACUACGACGACACCGACGACUAAAGUUGCGCCUACAACUACAACUACCACAACCCAGAAACCAGUCCCUUACAAAAACGUUAUAGAUGGAGAAUGUAAUAGAUGUAUUUAUCGAAACGGAGUAGGAUUUUUAUCUCAUACCUCAGAUUGUACUAAAUUCUUCAAAUGUCAGAGAUUGAGUAAUGGUGGAUUUAGGGCUGCCGAACUUCAAUGUCCAUUCGGGCUGUACUGGAAUAAUGAGAUAUUCUCUUGCGAUUAUCCGAGAAACACGAAUUGCACAAACCAUCCCUGUACCAACACCAAUACCCGAUAUGCUGAGAUGACAGGUCAUUGUGCUGGGUAUUGGAGAUGUGAUUGGGCGACCCCAGUAGCAUACUGCUGUCCCCAAGGGCACAGAUUUCAACAAAGUUCACAGUUGUGUGAGGUCGACCGGACAAGAACUUGUCGUGAUGAUUGUUCUGGGCCUCAACAAAAGCCCAGCGGUGUUGUCGAGAAGUUGUGUGAUAAGAGAUCAGUAUCUGAUAGUAAAACAGCGUUUGAACAGAGAGUACCGGUAAAUAGAUGGAUCCGACUAGACUGUGCUCCUUCUACAGGUUUUAAUCCAAAGACUUGUCUCUGUUCUGACAGAGUUAAUGCCCCUGUUACACAGAAAACAUCCAACAAAGAUUGUGAUCCGAUGCUUCAUAUCUCAUUCAACAAUGGAGUUCGAGAUGAAUCAAGACAUCGAUUCUGGAUCGAAAACGUUGGAGUAACGUCUAAAGCGGGUGUGGGUUUAUUUAAUGGUAACAAUAAGCUUCUGGUCAAUCGGUUCGCCAACGCUCCACUGGGUAGAGAUCUGGUGAUAGAAGUGGUAUAUGAGCCAGCUGAUAGACGUCGAGAUGAAGUACUGGUCAGUAAUGGUGACUGUGGGGUCAAACCGUCUCUGUAUAUCGUUACGGGACCAACUGGUGUCACCUUUAGUGUUAAAACAACCAGAUCUUCCACUCCUUCUGUCGUUACAGUUCCUAUAUCAAUGCCUAAAGGAUUAAUAAAGGCGAGAUUAUCUCUAGCAAAUGGUAGAUUAACAGGAGAAGUUGGUGGAUUAUCUAAAUCUACACCAGCAUCAGGUUCAGUAGAACUAAGAAAGAGUAGUUUGAUAAUUGGAAGUGGAGACGGGAUGAAGAAAUUUGACGGAAUUAUGGACGAUGUGAAAAUGUUCUUUUGUCAAAAUGACGGCAAAUAGAAUACAUAGAUAGGCAUGGUGUAUAUAGUAAUUUAUAUGUGAACGUCACGCCGAGGAUAUUGUGGUAUAGCUCACAGUCACUUCACUGAUAUAAUAUUAUUGGUUCCACUGUCACGCUAUGUUACAUCACGUCACACUACAUCGCGUCUUAACGUCACGCUAUGUUACAUCACGUCACACUACAUCGCGUCUUAACGUCACGUUACGAACAUUGAACCAUACCGUCCAUUUUGACGGUUUGACACGUCUUGUUGGUGUCGUUGUGCAAACCUUGAUUUCGUGGAUCAGGAAUAUUUUUUGAAAAAUAAGAUGACUUUGUUGAAUGUAGGGCUGUUGACUUUUUGUUUUGUAAACUUUACAAAUUUGAAAAAAAACAUAAGAAAAUGAUGCUGAAUUUUAAAGGACCAUACGACAUUUCAAAGCCUGUAUAGUAUUUCAAUUACUAUUAUAUACGUCAUGGAUAACGAAUUUCGGAGUAAGGAAGGGGCACAAUUUUUUCAGACGGAACUGGAAUUUGGAAUAGAAAUACUUUCCAUUUAAAUAAUUUAUUUCUGUGACUGUAUUAUCUUCAGUCAAUUGAAGUUUCUUAUAAAGUCUCUAUUUAUUUUCUCAAUUUAAUUUAUACACCAAUAAACUAAUAUUUUGUUUCU